AACCGUUGUGCUACGAUGUACACGAAUGAAUACACCCCUGAUGUGUUCCGUCUCUCCUCUCCAGACUCCCCCUGUUGGUCUGAACUGACCAGUAUUAACAAGAAACAGGCUGCGGAGAAGCUACCGGGUCAGUACCUGCCAGUGUGUGACGCAGAGGGCUACUAUCGGUCCCACCAGUGCCACGGCAGCAGCGGACAGUGCUGGUGUGUCGAUCGCUAUGGCAACGAGGUCGCAGGGUCACGGACCCACGGAGCAGCAGACUGUGGGGUGGUGUUGGAAUCAUCUGGAGACCAGGGCAGCGGAGACUCUCUCUUCUCCGACGACGACUAUGACGAUGAUGAAGAUGAUGCCUUCGUCCUGAGCGACCAGAUCGAUGACGAAGAUGACGAAGACGACUAUGACGGAGAGGAAAGAUAUCUGUCGUAACUCCGUCACUCUGCACUUUGCCAGGGGGACUUCGGCAGCAAGAAUAGUUGCUAGGCGACCUCGUCACCGCUAACAGACUAAAGACAUUUCUCUCUCUCUCUUUCUUCUGUGUCUCAAAUGUCACCCUAUACCCUAGUCAGUUCCCCAGGGCCCAUUGGGUGCUGGGGGAAGGAAGUUCACUACAUAGUGUACAGGGCACCAUUUGGGAUGGCCCACUCUGUGUUUGUUGUCUGUUCCUAAUUUAAAGGUGGACUCUGCAAUUUGACACCAUCGUACAAAGUGUGGGGGGUCUUCCUAACAGACGUCAUCAACAACAACAACAACGGAAUUGUGAUCUUUGUGUUUCUGCCCUCUGUGGUGUUUCUUCAUCAGGAAAAUCACAGCAUAGCCGUCUGUUGUUGGUGUUGUCCCGUAACCAGGAAGUGACCUUGCUGUGUAUGAUGUCAUAAUAACUAGCCCACCUUUAAUCGCCGGUAAACGUUUGUUUAUGUUUUCACUUCCUCUGCCGUCUAACUUUUGAAUGGCCUGCGUGGCUGUGACUCCGGGUAGUCGUCCAAUCAGCGAGAACUUCAACUACCAAUGAGAGUUUAGAGACUAGUUUAUCGACGGCCAAUCACAAGCUGUGGAUGUAGUCACAUGUGCAAUGAGGCCUUUCCUUAUUGGACAAUCAGUGUGUCCUCUCCUCUCUUCCUCUCCUCACCGCCUAUCUCCUCUCUUCCUCUCCUCCCUCCUAUCUCCUCGCCUCUCUCUUCCUCUCCUCCCUUCCUCUCCUCUAUCUUCCUCUCCUCCCUCCUAUCUCCUCUCCUCUUCUCCCUCCUCUCCUCU